UGCUGGGUGUUGCUUUCUAAAUCUUAACUAGCACCUUCGAAAGUCUUCUCUCUCUGCAUCUUUCUCUAAAAUGGAUCGCAAAAGCUUGCUUACCGUGGCGUUGAUGUGCCUCGUUGUUGCCAGUGUCGGCGGCCAAGCUCCGACGUCAGCUCCGACGGCUACACCGGUGACUCCUGCAGCCCCUAAGGCUUCUCCUGUGACUCCUGCCGGUCCUGUAGCCGCACCCGCUAAGGCUCCUGUAAAACCUCAAACACCUGCUCCAGUGGUAACUCCCGUAUCUUCACCUCCGGCUUCUUCUCCGACGAAACAGACUGUUCCUGCUCCUGUUCAGACUCCAUUGGCUACGCCGCCACCUGCCGUCGCUCCUGUGAGCUCUCCACCUGCUGCAGUUCCAGUGAGCUCUCCACCAGCUAAAUCUCCUUCAGCACCUGCACCAGUUACUCCACCAACAAGCUCUCCUACGGAAAAUGCUCCUCCAGCUCCAGUGGCUGCACCAACCGCCGAGGUUCCUGCGCCGACUCCCAGCAAGAAGAAGUCGAAGAAGCACAAUGCUGCACCAGCUCCUGCUCCAGAGUUGUCAAGCCCACCUGCUCCACCAACUGAGGCACCUGGACCAAGCGCUGAAGCCAACUCACCUGGUCCCUCUGUGUCUGAUGAUCAGAGCGGAGCAGAGACCAUAAAGAGCCUACACAAGAUGGCUGGAAUUUUGGCGCUGGGAUGGGCAAUAGUGAGUUUGAUGUUCUAGAGAGAGCAAGGGUGAGAGAUGUUUAUCAUGUGAAACUACUGUUGCUCCUGUUAUAUUAUUUUAAUCUUUUUUUGGCCCCAUGUUCUCUUAUUCAUAACUGGACUCAUUUGAUAAAUUUUUUAUUUAUCAUUGUUUGGUUAAAUUAUUGAUAGUGGUGGGUGAUGACAGCCUGGAGAUUAACCACACACUUGCCAUGUAUUUGGGUAUUCUUUGAGAGAGAAUCGUGGGGUAAAAACUUUGUAUUUUUGUACUUUUCUAUUCACUGCCAUUUUUAUUUAUUUUGGAUUCUUCUAGUAA